UUCUUGAAAUUCAUCUGAAAUCUGUUCCAUCAGAAAGAAUCUGUUGUGCUAAUAGCCAUUACUAAAUGCUGAGGUAGAACAUCUAGUUUGUGUGUAUGGUUUACAAGUAAAAUUUGCAGUACGGAUGAGAAGAAACUAAACAGCACCUGAAAGAAUCGUGAACUGCUUUUGUUGUCGAUGACGGUGAGAUAACUUUCAGCCAUCUUGCACUUGAACUCAAAGCUGUGUAUGUAGUAAUUAACAUUCUCGAAUGACAGUGACUUUCAGCAAGACAUUAGUCCACCUUGGAACGCACUCAAAGAUGCAAAUGUCUCCUUGUUUCAGCAGGUUACCCUCUGCAAUUUCAGGCCAGCCCUCACAGAAGUAUACAUACUUGUCCUUCAUGUACCUACACAGUGCCAUUGUCCAAGUUUUAUCCGUGACCUGAAGUUGACUUCUCGUCUUCCCCAGCGUGCCUAACUGAAAAGCCAACGGGUACAUACUUUGCUUCCUUUUAGCCAUUCUUAGCAAACAAUAGCAAGCUCCAAAUUUCCCAAAGCUCUUUCAGACAAAGCUUAAUCUGCCUUGGACUCAUAGCAGCAAAGGCAAACCCAUUUCCCUUCCUCUCUCCUCUUCCAUUCUUCUCCUUUCUCUUCUUCCAACCCACCAAGAAAACAGCAAGUGCUUCUCCUUCAGAAAACUACUCCGAUGACGACCCAUUUCCUGAAGCAGCUCACUGAAGACACCAUCAAACACAAGAGAAUGCUGAUUCCUGGGGAGUUCCUCAAGAAAUGUGGGAGAGAAAAUUUGUCAAACCCAGUAGUCCUGGAGCCAACAGUCGGAGAUCCAAGGGAGAGGGAGAUGGAGCUCUACGAAGAUGGUGGCGGGUUUUGGCUGAGGAAUGGUUGGCAGGAGUUUGUAGAUCACUAUAAACUUAGCCAUGGAUGUUAUCUGCUGUUUGAGUACAAAAGCUAUUCAAGGUUUAAGCUUUUGAUGCUUGGUGCGAAUGGGCUAGACUGGGAGUUUCCAGCUUCCAGUUUUGUCAACGGUGGAUCAAAUGGAAACCAGGAGUUUCCAGAAGCUGAGGAGGAAGAGAGUGUAUAUGCUCAUUCUGUCGAGAUCUUAGGCCCGUCAGAGGUUAAGGAGAUGAACAACAAUGAUGAAGGUGUCGGAAGGCAGCCAGCCCAGCGGCGGUCUGCAGAGAAUCCCAAGCAAAAAGGGGUUACGAGUGCUAGGAAAAGGAGAACAGCAGAUGAUGGAGAGAGGAGGCAAGUGAAACAGGAUGCUCCAAGGAGAGAUAGAGCUAAUGGAACCCCCUUUGGAAGGAACAAAGAUGAGAAUUCUCGUAUUCCUUCCAUAGCUGAGCAGGAAGAUGAGCCAGCCUUUUCUUGGAGACCUUCCAGCUCAAAGCCCAGCAGAACCACAACUACUGAAGCUGUAGAUGAAGAUUUAGCAAAAUUCACUGGUGCUUGUCAUAACAGACGCUAUUUAUGUUUUGAAUCUCUUUGUUCUAACGGUUUACAUGGUUUGAUAUCUGUUGAGUUUUCAGGAUUCUCUUUGAUGAAGGACAAGAACUACAACAACAACAAUAACAACAAUGGAGAUGGUGGUGGAAGACAGUCGUGGUUCGCUGCGAAUGCCAACCACGAAGAGUACAAGAGAACCGGUGACAGGAAAAAGAGAAGAACAGCUGAGGGUGGACAGAAUGUGAAAGUGAACAAGGAACCUCCAAGGAGAAGCAGAGCUAACGGAAGCUCAAGUCCGUUCAUGUUUGCACGUGAAGUCGAAAGUGCUUCUAUGGGACCUCCAAGCUCACGGCACAGUAGACCUACAAUUGAAGCUGCAGAUGGGUUUGCUUCGCAAACUGAUUUUCUCCAAGUCAUUAUCUCAAAAAAUUCUUUGGCAAAGAAAGGCUUGAGGAUGCAGGGAGGGUUUGUUGAGAGGCAUAUCACCAAUUGGAAAGAUAAAAUGUUGGAUAUUCGGGUUGAACAAGAGACAUGGCCUGUGGGAAUUGUAUCAGACCACGGUGUUCCUACUCUUUCUAGAGGCUGGUUAGCAUUUGCGCGUCAGAACUCUUUAAAAGUAGGGGACACUCUCAUAAUCGUGCCCACAGCCACUGAAGGUGUUCUGACAGUUCAUAUUCUGCGUUGUUCUUAGAGAGAAGCUACUUGCUAGCUGGAAAGUUGGGUUGUUUAUUUAAGUGGGGUUCGAGAAUGAUUAUCACGGUAGGUUGUUAAAGGAGUCUGUUUAGUUUCUGAUCAUGUUUGCUAAUCCUCUGCUGAAUAUUAUCAGCUUAUGCUGUUGUUUCUCUUUACCUAAUGCUAAGGAAUGUGUCUGAUAUGUAGAACUAAACAGCUGGGACGAUUCUAGAUUGCUAAAGGAAACUGUUCAGUUUCUGAUCAUGUUGCUAAUCCUCUGCUAAAUGUUGUCAGCUUAUGUUGGUGUUUCCAUUAACUAUGGUUUGUGAAUGCUUUUGAUAUGCAGAAUGAAACAGUUGGGAGUUGAUUCUAAAAUCUAACAAAG